GGGGUACCCUAUUGAUGAUAUACCCCACUACUAAUUCCCAGGCUACCCGUAAGGAAUGAGAUCACGUGAUGGAGUGGGGCGGUCGAACUAAGCCAUUUUGGGGACUGUGUCAGUUUGCGCUGAACCAUCAGGCACUGUGUUUUUCAGAUCGCCGUGCAGGAGAACUGCGCCUCUGGAAUUUACCAUCUAUGACCGGAAUCUGUGGAUUUAUCUGUAAAUCAAAUCGGAAAGUGUCGGCGAAGAGUGAGCUACAUUAACCUAUGUGCAAUUGCGCAAGAAGGCCACAAUGAGCACGGUGGUGAAACGUUAGAGCCAUUGACAGCGUCUGCAGCUCAUUCCAAGAUGGCCGCUUCGGUAGCAUUCAUUUUUUGCUGAUCGACUCUCAAGUUUCAUUGUCUACCACAACAAAGCUAAGAAACCAUCGCGAAAUAUACUGGGUUUGCGAACUCUCAUGACAAUGCACCGAACAACGAGGAUCAAGAUAACGGAGCUAAAUCCUCAUUUGAUGUGCGUUUUAUGUGGAGGAUACUUCAUUGAUGCGACCACCAUUGUCGAAUGUUUGCAUUCAUUCUGCAAAAUGUGCAUUGUGAGGUAUCUGGAGACCAGCAAAUAUUGUCCAAUUUGUGAUGUCCAAGUUCAUAAAACAAAACCUCUCCUCAAUAUCAGAUCAGAUAAGACCCUUCAGGACAUUGUUUACAAGCUGGUGCCUGGUCUGUUCAAAAAUGAGAUGAAACGAAGGAGAGAUUUUUAUGCAGAGCAUCCAGUUGAUGCUACUAAUGGUUCUAAUGAGGACAGAGGAGAAGUGGCAGAUGAAGACAAGAGAAUCAUUGCUGAUGAUGAGAUCAUCAGUCUGUCCAUCGAGUUUUUUGAUCAGAACAAGAUUGACAAUAAAGAUGGAGAAGAAGAAAAAGAAACCACAAAAGAGGUGAAUGUAAAGCGGUACUUACAAUGCCCUGCAGCUAUGACAGUAAUGCAUCUCAGAAAAUUUCUCCGAAGUAAAAUGGAUAUACCCUGUACCUUUCAGAUUGAAGUUAUGUAUGAAGAUGAGCCUUUGAAAGAUUAUUAUACUCUUAUGGAUAUUGCUUAUAUCUACACAUGGAGAAGGAGCGGGCCCUUGCCAUUGAAGUACAGAGUUCGGCCUGGUUGCAAAAAAAUGAAGUUGAGCAGCCCAAGGGAUGAUAUGACUGGUGGCAGAAGGCCUUAUAUAGAAAGCGAUUCCAGCAGUGACAAACCAAACAGCCCGACUGCUGCUGCCGCCCCAUCCACAUCCUCCUCUCUGCCCAGCCCGAGUACUCCUGUUCAGUCUUCACAUCCCAGCUUCCCCCAUAUCUCCACCGUUAACGGAGUCUCUGCCAAAGUGGGCCAAAAUGGCCAAACUCCUUUCAGCAGCAAAGUCUGCAAAACUUCUCAUAAUGGCUCCAACUCUCUUGGGUGACUUGCUUAUGGAUGCCAAAGCCAUCAACCCCUUGCAAACAGAGCUGUGAUGUAGAUGUUUUCUUUAUAAACCACCUCUUCAAUUUUUUAUAUAAUUUUUAAAUAUAUUUGUUUUGUCGCCACGUGUGAAAACUUUGUAACACAGCAUUGUUUGUGUCAUAUUUUGUAUUAAUUACUAUGGCAUAACUAAUAUUGUGAAGAGUACUGGAGGGAAACUCAACAAGAAGGAGAAUGUAUCUAGGUGUUUUUAUAAACUCUGUCUUGUUCAUUUUAGAUUAGAACAUCAAUGUAUAUAAAUCAUUUCCUUGUCCAUGAAGUCUUCAAUAAAACACAUGGCGGCACGCGCAAUGUUUUGAUUAUCCAGAUUGUAUUGAUUUUAUUCGGUUGAAAUGUGUAUCACCAAACUAAAUUUGCAAAGGGCAGAAAUUCAGCGUCAGUAUUGUCUUGGAUAAACCCAGAAAGUGUCAUUAAAAAAAAAAAAAUGCUAAGUAGGCCUACACGCUGGCCAAGUUGAGAAGUAGUCCUUUUUUUUUUUUUCUCUCGAUUUGUUAUCACGCGAGGAUAGAAGACUCCGUAUACAUAUAGCCUAAAGUUUAGAUGUUUCUUCUUGCUUUGCAUUUCUGUUCAGCGGUUAUUUGUUAAAGCCAAUGUAUCAUUUACUGUUGUACAAUAUGAAACAUUUGUCUAAAUAAACAUUUUACUUUUUUAUUACUAAA